UGAGCUAGCCAGUGUCCGUCUGAUACAGGCCGCCAUAUACAGGUGCAGCUUCACGCCAGCAGCCGCCGGCGUCUGCCUUCAGAGUUCAGACCGAUCGCCGGGGCCAUGGAGGAGGACUACGUGUUCAAGGUGGUGGUGAUCGGCGACUCGGGGGUGGGGAAGACGCAGCUGCUGGGGCGCUUCACGCGGGGCGAGUUCUGCCUCGACUCCAAGUCCACCAUCGGCAUCGAGUUCCAGACGCGCACCGUCGACAUCGCCGGCCGCCGCGUCAAGGCCCAGAUAUGGGACACCGCCGGCCAGGAGCGCUACCGGGCCGUCACCAGCGCCUACUACCGGGGCGCGCUGGGCGCCAUGCUCGUCUACGACGUCACGCGCCGGGACAGCUUCGCCCACGUCGCCCGCUGGGUCGCCGAGCUCCGCGCCCACGCCGACAAGUCCAUCGUCGUCGCGCUCGUCGGCAACAAGGCCGACCUCGCCGCCGCUGCGCCGGGGCGCCGCGAGGUGGGGGCCGACGAGGCCGAGGCCUUCGCGGAGGAGCAGGGGCUCUUCUUCUACGAGGCGUCCGCGCUCAGCGGCGACAACGUCGAGGCCGCCUUCCUCGGCCUGCUCGAGGAGAUCCACGCCACUGUGUCCAGGAAGCCGCUGGAGGCGGCCAGAGGCAACGGUGACGGCGACGACGACGUCCUGGUGCUCAAGGGCAUUUCUCUGUCUCAAGAGCUGUCCAUGAUGGAGACCAGCGCCAUGAAAACACCAAGCAGGUGCUCUUCAUGCUCGACGUGAUACGAUACGAUGCCAGAUGAUGUAUUCAGCGAUUAAUUAAUUCAUGGCUGGAAGACACCAAGCGUCUCAAAUCGUUCAUGAAACCAGCGCCAUGAAGACGCCAAGCAGGUAGC